GCUGUUAAUGAGCAUUAUCCCGGUUUUUCCUCUGAAAGUAGGCGGGUAAUCAACAUUUGUUCUGCAGGAUGAGGCUGCAGCCACAUCCUGGUGGAGCUGAGGGACUGAAUCACGUCCUGAUGUCUCAUGGAUGUGGGUGGGAAUCAGGGAGGAGUUGUGGGAGCAUCUUGUUGGGGACCAGUGGGGUUCUCAUGGGUUCCCCCAUUCCUGCGUGGUUGUCCCUUCUCUCCCUGUCCCCAAUUCCCAUUGUCCCCCUGCUCUCCUCGCUGUGAUUAACACAAGUGUUUGCUCAGCAGGGACAAACCACAGGCUGCAGAUCCCAAACCCCUGGGGUCACACGGAUUGCCCACACAGACCAUGGCUCUGCCCAACCUGUCUGAUUACCUGGAUGGCCUCAACAACUACAGCGACUACGCCGACUACACCUACGAGGACACGGGCAGUGCGUGGGCAGACCCGGCCCACAACCCCAAGGACAUCACCAGGAUCCUGUCUGUCAUCAUCUACAGCGUCUCCUGCGUGCUGGGCAUCCUGGGCAACGGCCUGGUCAUCGCCAUCAUCGCCCUCAAGAUGAAGAAAUCUGUCAACGCCGUCUGGUUCCUCAACCUGGCCGUGGCCGACUUCCUCUUCAACAUCUUCCUGCCCAUCAACAUCGCCUACACGGCCAUGAGCUACCACUGGAUCUUCGGGACGGUCAUGUGCAAGCUCAACUCCUUCCUGCUCAUCCUCAACAUGUACACCAGCGUGCUGCUGCUCACCACCAUCAGCUUCGACCGCUACGUGUCCGUGGUGUUCCCGGUGUGGUCGCAGAACCACCGCUCGCCCAGCCUGGCCUACGGCGUGUGCGUGGUCAUCUGGAGCCUGGGCAUCGUCAUGAGCUGCCCCUCGCUCGUCUUCCGCGACACGGCGCAGAGCCGCGGCUCCGUCAUCUGCUUCAGCAACUUCUCGCUCUCCAGGAACAGAUCCUACCACGGGCUGGCGCUGGCCAGGCACCGCACGGUGAACGUCACCAGGUUCCUGGCUGGCUACAUCCUGCCCAUCACCAUCAUCACCUUCUGCUACGUCGCCAUCGUCAUCAACCUGCGCCGCAACCGCCUGGCCAAGUCCAAGAAGCCCUUCAAGAUCAUCGUCACCAUCAUUGUCACCUUCUUCCUCUGCUGGAGUCCCUACCACCUGCUGAACCCCCAUCGCUCCCACUCUUCCCAGGAUUCCCAGGCACGAUUGGGAAUUUGGGAUGGGGUGAGGAAAUAG